CGCAGGCGCCCGCAACAUGGCCUGGAACACCAACCUACGCUGGCGGCUGCCGCUCGCCUGUCUGCUGCUGGAAGUGGCCAUGGUUGUCCUCUUCGGCGUGUUUGUGCGCUACGAUAUCGACGCUGAUGCCCACUGGAGCGCAGAGAAGAUUCGCAGGAACAUCUCCAGCGACGUGGAGAACGAAUUCUACUACCGCUACCCGAGCUUCCAGGACGUGCACGUGAUGGUGUUUGUGGGCUUCGGCUUCCUCAUGACCUUCCUGCAUCGCUAUGGCUUCAGCGCCGUGGGCUUCAACUUCUUGCUGGCGGCCUUUGGCAUCCAGUGGGCACUGCUCAUGCAGGGCUGGUUCCACCACGUGCAAGACAGACACAUUAUCAUAGGCAUCGAGAACCUCAUCAAUGCUGACUUUUGUGUGGCUUCUGUCUGCGUGGCCUUUGGGGCAGUUCUGGGCAAAGUCAGCCCUGUCCAAGUGCUCAUCAUGACAUUCUUCCAAGUGAUCCUCUUCUCAGUGAAUGAGUUCAUUCUCCUCAACCUGCUGGAGGUGAAGGAUGCUGGGGGUUCCAUGACCAUCCACACAUUUGGUGCCUACUUUGGGCUCACAGUGACCCGGAUCCUCUACCGGCCCAACCUAGAUCAGAGCAAGAAUAGAGAGAGUUCUGUGUACCACUCGGAUCUCUUUGCCAUGAUUGGCACCCUCUUCCUGUGGAUGUACUGGCCCAGCUUCAAUUCUGCCGUAUCCUCCCAUGGGGAUAGCCAGCACCGAGCCGCCAUCAACACCUACUGUUCCUUAGCAGCCUGUGUGCUCACCUCGGUGGCAAUAUCCAGCGCCCUGAACAAGAAGGGCAAGCUGGACAUGGUGCACAUCCAGAACGCCACGCUGGCGGGAGGGGUGGGCGUGGGCACAGCUGCUGAAAUGAUGCUCAUGCCCUAUGGCGCUCUCAUCGUGGGCUUCUUCUGUGGCAUCUUCUCCACCCUGGGUUUUGUAUACUUAACGCCCUUCCUGGAAUCCCGGCUGCGGAUCCAGGACACGUGCGGCAUCCACAACCUGCAUGGCAUCCCUGGCAUCAUAGGCAGUGUUGUGGGUGCCGUGACUGCAGCCUAUGCCAGCUCUGAACAGUAUGGACAAGAAGGGCUUGUCCAUUACUUUGGUUUUCAAGGUUUCAAGGAGAGCUGGACCACAAAAACACAGGGCAAGUUCCAGGUUUUUGGCCUUUUGGUGAGCCUGGCCAUGGCCCUGAUGGGCGGCAUCAUUGUGGGGUUAAUUUUGAGAUUGCCAUUCUGGGGACAACCUGCUGAUGAGAACUGCUUUGAGGAUGCAGUCUACUGGGAGGUACCUGAAGAUAAGAGCAGUGUCUAUUUCCCUGAUACCGUCAAGGCCUCAAUACAGUCAUCAACCCCAGUACCCUCAAUACCCAUGGGAUCUUCAGUUCCCAUAGCAGUGCCCCUGGUACCAUAA